AUGGCGAACAAAGUACACGGCAAUGGUGAUCUUAACAAUACCGCGGUGCUUAGGAAGACCAUCAUCACUGUUCCCGAUCCGCCAUAUGCUCGGCGGACUCUGGCUGUCCCCGAAGGCGAAGAUGACAGCGCCAUCCGUGCCAAGUUCAGGCCGUUCCUCCUCCACGACGACUUGGCCAGCAGCGACUGGGUGGCAAGGCUAGAGCUGAGCACCGCUCUAAAGAUGGCCGAAGCGGAUAUGCAGCGGACCGACGGCGAUCGGCUGAAGGUGAUGGUACUGUUCGGCAGCAUGCGUAGUCGCUCCUACUCACGCCUGUUGGCCUUUGGGUGCGCGCGCAUCGUUUUCCGCCUGGGCUGUGAUGUUCGCAUUUACGAACCUAACGGCCUGCCUGUUAAGGACGACAUUCAACAUGAUCACCCGAAAGCUGGAUCAAUCUCGGUGUUAAUUCAUCGGCAGUACACGGUCGUGCAUACAUGCGAGGCAGAACCAACGCACUCCUGUGGCUAG